AUGAUUAUUUCUUUUGUUUUGCCUUGUCAUAUUUUUCUGUUUUUUUGAAAUAUCUUCUGUCAUUUGGCAGGAACAAAGGCAAAGCAGAAAAUGGUUGAGCAGCCAAAACUGCUUCAUCGACCUCUGCCUCUUAAGCUGCCGUCUAGACUGUCUACACCAAGGGAGAGUGUUGGUAAAGGCAGGAUUUGUAUACAAUACCUAACUAGAGUGAUAAAGAGUACAAAUUAUGAAAAUGGAAAAGAAGUGUCUGGCAGUGGUCAAGGGCAAGUCAAGCAGACAGAUGCUUCCCUCGACAAUGAGCAGACCCACAGUCCCUUACAAAUCCAAUCUAAAGAUACAUGCCUGUCUGUUCAUCAGAUUUGCCAUGGUCAAAUGCAAAUCCAUCUCAAACACCCCCUUCUUCAGACUCAGCUUCAGCCUAGCAGUACACAGCCCCGGUUUGACCACACUUCUUGCCCAGUAUGUAUCCAACACAGAUAUGCCUACCUCAUUAAUCAAGAUAGGAACCAUGGGGAAAUACAGUUCCAGCCCAAAACUACAGGUUUCCAUGACGAAAGGAGAGGUUUGAUUCUCAAGGAAGCUUCCCGACAGAAAAAAGGAGGUGACAGAUACUCUCCAUCUCUAGUUCAUAACAACCCUGCAUGUUGGUCUUUACCAGGCAUUACUGCAAGCAUUCCUGUCUUAUCAAGCAGUAAAAUGCCAAAGCAAAGCAAAAAAAAAAAAAAAAAUAAAACCAAAAACAACGUUUUUUCUGUCCAAACUCCUAGGAGAAAUUUUAUUAUUACUGAAAUUCCUAAAAUGGCCUUGAAAGAGAAAAUGAAAAAAUCUGGUUGACCAGAAGAACUUUUACAAGAGGAAAAGAAAGAAAAUGUAUAUACUAUACAUUACUUAAAGCUACCUGAACCUGAAAGAGAAAAAGGACCCUUUAUAGUCUCUAAUGAUGUCCCUGAUGGCAACAGUGUGGAGAAUGUUUGGGAAACUAAUUUCCAUUUUAUAGCAAGCAAGCAAGAUGAAGACAAAGAACUGAUGUCUAGGUCCCACCAAGUGGAAGUAUUAUGUUGCUUCUUGUACCAGAAGAUUGCUCUUAGCCUUUUAAACUCAUGUUGCUGUGCUUACUUUUUGUUUCACCUUCCAGACUUGACCCAUUUAAUGGAUACCUUGGUCUACCUUAACUUGUCAUUCAAUAAUUUACAAUUCUUUUCUACAGAGGUGUUUAAUAUUAAAACCUUACAAGUCCUGGUGCUCCGAAACAACCUCAUCAGAGCAAUCCCUAAUGACAUUCACACACUGAAGUCACUGAAGAAAUUUACAGUUCCCUUCAAUCUGCUAUCACAUCUUCCAUCUGGGUUGUUUGUAUUAGGAGAUCUCCAGUAUCUAGAUGUUGCCUAUAAUGAUAUUAGCUUUAUUUCUAAUGACAUCAAGAACCUCAGGCAUCUCAAAUGUUUGAACAUCGAAGAGAACCAGCUCUCUGCUUUGCCAUCUGGGAUUUUGAAUCUUCCAUUGAAAUUUCUCAGAAUAGAAAAUAACUUCAUACACCCCUUUCUGUGGAAUGAAAAGAUGCGGAACCAGCCUCAGAAGCUCACUCAUCUAUCUGCCCUUUGCUUCUUCAGAAAAAAAAAACUAAGGGAAAGAUACAUAGACGUCAAAGAAGGUAUUAAAAAAAUAUUGGAUGAUUUUACUGCCUGUGAUUUCUGAAGUGGACUUCGGUAUGGCAGAGGACUUUUGCCCGUCUGACAUUACAGGAAGGUAUUUAGGUUUGGAAGGCUCUUUUACUUCCAUGCCUGCUCAUCAUCAUGCCAUAGAAAUUUCAUGUCUCGGACUGAGGCUUGACUCCAGUACUUUGUUGAAAGUGAUCUGGGUUACAGCAGAGGAACUGCGAAUGGGAUAAAAUAGUUAAGAAAUACAAGAUCUCACAUUAUGUUAUUCUGUUGGACAACCUGGGACUCAGCUGGAAUGAUGGGAUCACUUGCUGUGUGCUGUUGCUGUACCCUUCUUAAAGUGCUUUCAGCUCUGAAUGGUCUGUUUCACAUCAAUGACUACAUAGUUGAAUCGUAAUGAAAGGCAGACUCAGCCCUGUGUAAAGUCAAUGAAGUUAUAUGCUGACCUUGUGUUUCUUCCAGUGAUACCUGGCAAGGGAUCAGACUCUUCCCCACGGCUAGCAACAUGUCACUGCUUUAAAAAAAAGGAUAACAUUAUUCCUGGACUAGUAAUUACAUCUAGGACUGAUCUGUCAAAACUACAACAUUUCUGCAAGCUAUAGAAGGUCUUGUAAAUACAUUUUGGUAUUCCUUGUA